AUGGACCAGUACCAGAUCAAGACAAACGGCCAAGGUGCCCCUACCGGCGCCGUCGCUGCCACCUCCCAGCCCGUGACCGUCGGUUCCGGCGUGUCUGCCGUUGCCUCUGCUGGCAGCGUCUCCGCCGCCGGCUCGACCGCACCUGCCUUCCAGCCUGACGAGAGCUCCAAGACUCUCUACGUUGGCAACUUGGAUCAGAGCGUGAACGAGGCCGCAUUGCAGGAGAUCUUCUCCCAGACUGGAGGCCUGAUCGAGAGCGUCAAGAUUAUCCGCGACAAAAACUUUGCUCACCAGGGCGGCCUUAACUAUGGCUUUGUCGAGUUUGCUGACCAUUCCGCCGCCGACAAUGCUAUCCAGCAGAUGAACGGACGCCGCGUCUACCUCCAGGAGAUCAAGGUCAACUGGGCUUUCACUGGACAGGCUGCUGGCAAGGAAGACACUGCCACCCACUACCACAUCUUCAUUGGAGACAUCAGCCCCGAGAUCAACGAUGAGGCCUUGAGCCAGGCCUUCGGCGCCUUUGGAACCAUGACUGACGCUCGCGUUAUGUGGGAUUCCAACUCGGGCAAGUCGAGAGGCUAUGGAUUUGCUGCCUACAAGGAGCGUGCUGAUGCUGAGCGUGCUAUCGCCUCCAUGAACGGCCAGACUCUUGGAAACAGAGCUCUUCGCUGCAACUGGGCCAGCCAACGCGGUAUGCCCGGACCUAACUUCCAGGGUAUGCACCAGGGCGGAAACUCAUUCAAGAUGGUUGCUGGUCAGGCUCCUCAGUUCAACUCCACUGUUUACAUUGGAAACUUACCUCCUCACACCACCCAGGAGGAUCUUAUUCCCUUCUUCCAGCCAUUUGGAUUUGUUGUCGACAUGAGACUUCAGGCUGAUCGUGGAUUCGCCUUUGUCAAGCUCGAGACUCACGAGAAGGCUGCCAACGCCAUUGUUCGCCUCGCCGGCACCAUGAUCAACGGUCGCCCUGCCAAGCUUUCGUGGGGAAAGGACCGCGCUGCUGAGAACGCAGCCCGCGGCAACCACUAUGGCUACUACAACAACGGAUCUGGUUACGGUAUGGGCGGCCACCAAAACAACGGCGGUUACCAAUACAAUAGCUACAAUAACCAUAGCAACCACAACAACCACCAUAACAACAACCACUAUGGCGGCAAUGGACAGGCUUAUGGACGCAACGGAGGUCACCACAACAACCAUCACCACCACCACAACCAGCAUCACAACAACCAGCAUCACCAAAACCACCACAACAACAACCACAACCAGCACCACCACAACAACCACCAGCACAACUCGUUCCAGCACCAGCAGCAACAGCAGCAGCAGCAGGUUGUUGGAGGACUGGAUGGUGUCCCUGGAGCAACGGGAUCAUCGGCUUUGGCUGCAGGCAGCUCUGCCCUCCCACCCUCCAACGUUGCCGUCGGUAGUAACGGCAACAACGGCAACAUUGGCCAGGAGGCUUAUGACCAGUUCUCGUCGUUCAACAACAGCCGAGGCAACUAA